AUGGGCAACUCUUCGUCGCAAGAUGGCGUCCCGGGUAGUCACCUCGGUCUAAGCCAUAGUCACUCGGCGAGUCAUAGAUCCCCAUCAAAAAGCCCCGCGUCUCCAGUUUCUCCGGCUUCUCUGGAAACUUCUUCGGGCCCGGGUACCACAGCAGCAACCACUCCAACAACGUCCUCCAGUACUACUACUACUACUACUACUACUGCUGCUGCUGCUGCUGCUGUACAUGCUUCCUCCGAUGUCGAGCACCUUGAACAUGCAUUGGCCAAUGCUCAUAUGGAUUCUCAUGAUACUUCUUUCUCGUCUGCUACAGGAGGAACGGGCGGUUCACCUGAAACGUCUCCAAAGUCGAAACCGGCGACCGGUGUCGCUGUGCGGCCGUUACACCCUGAAGAUGAGCUGCAGCAUCACCACCACCACAACCACCACCAAAAUCUUUACUCACCCACGGAAACCCAAACCCUGGACACCUUUCCUGCACCACCACCACCACCAUCCAAACUUUCUGGUGCUGCAACCACCACCACUGAUGCUGCCACCUCCUCUCACACAACCGCCACGACGACGACCACCACAUCUUCAUCUUCAUCCAACAACAAAAACAACAACAAUACCACCACCACCAUCACCCCCACCAAUACCCCUUCAAACUUUUCCCAUAGAACCACCAUGAAUGGCCUCACUCCUGCUGCGGAUGCUACUGCUGCGGCAGCGACUCCUGAUGGACACCACCCACGGCCUGCUCCUGUACGCCGUAAAUCCACUCUUCUACUCGACGCUGAAAACGAGCCUGAGAUUGAUGAGGAUAUGGACUUUAACAAACUUAACAUUGCCACUGGCGAGCCCGUCGGAAAACCCCUGUCGCGAGCAGGCUCUGGCGACGAAAUCCAGUUGGGCGAUGACUCUGUGGCUCGUAACCGCUUGGCCGAAGACAAAUAUGAUACCGUAAUUACCUGGCAACAAGGUGGUAAUAAAGUCUACGUGACUGGUUCUUUUACGGGCUGGCGUAAAAUGAUUAAACUAAACCGACAACCUGACAAUACAUUUUCUAUCGUGCUCAAACUCCCCAAUGGCACUCAUCGUAUGCGCUUUGUCGUUGACAAUGAACUGCGGUGCUCAGACUACCUACCCUCUGCUACAGAUUCCAUGGGAAAUCUUGUCAAUUACAUUGAAGUUCCCACGGAACUUGUCACUUCUCAGCAACUACAACCACUGCAGCCUCCACAACAAGCUCUGGCACAAGGCCAACAAUACCCUGAUUAUGGCAACCAACAAGCUGAUGAAAGCAUGGAGCCUAUACAUCGUGUCACUAGCCACGAUGCUUAUCUAGAAUACCAAAGCUACCCUGAAGAACAACAACCCCCACGCGCUACACUACAACGAGCAACGACUGCUGAAAAAGUUGCUGAUUAUGACAUGUCUAAGGAUGAUGAGCUGCUCAAUGGUGGUGGCUACGAACGGUUCCAAGAAGAACUUCCAGCCGAUCCUGUAUACAAAUUUACGAGCGAAAUCCCUGCUGUUUUUACAGACCCUGAGGCCAUGGAACAGUUUGUGUCAUCGGACUUUGUCACACCGCCGCAGCUUCCGCCGCAUCUGGAAAGCGUCAUUCUAAACUCAAACUCAAAUGAAAAGGACAAUAAUUCCGUCCUGCCCAUUCCCAACCAUGUUGUGCUCAAUCAUCUGGCCACAACCUCCAUCAAACAUAAUGUUCUGGCUGUUGCAAGCAUCUCCAGAUACUCCCGCAAAUAUGUCACCCAGAUUCUCUACGCCCCUCUUUAA